GCAUAAAACGAGUGGCUUCUCCUUCUCCAUUUUGUCAAUUUGCCUUCUCUCUCCUCAAACCCUUUCUCGACAAACAAAAGCCUAAACCCACAACAAAUCCAUGUCUCCCACCACUCUUAGCCAUGGCCAACACACUCUCACUCUCACUCUAUAGCUCUCUCCGACCCCACCUUUCAAGACCCACUUGGAGUUACUCUGCCGGCAGACACAGAACCAUGGCAACGGCCACGGCCACCACCAAGCUAGUCCCAGCCGUAAUUGUUGGCGGUGGACGGGUCGGUAGGGCCUUGCAGGACCUUGGUAAUGGUCAGGAUUUGCUGGUGAAGAGAGGCGAGUCUGUGCCUCUAGAUUUCGAGGGCCCAAUCUUGGUCUGCACCAGGAACGAUGAUCUUGACGCUGUUCUUGAGGCAACUCCUCCCUCCAGAUGGAACGAUUUGGUAUUUAUCCAGAAUGGAAUGCUGGAGCCAUGGUUUCAAAGUAAAGGCCUGGGUGAUGCAGACCAAGUAUUAGCUUACUUUGCCAUAUCAAAGCUUGGAGAAGCCCCUGUUGAUGGGAAGACUGAUACCAAUCCUGAAGGUCUGACAGCAGCAUAUGGGAAGUGGGCAUCAGCAGUAGCUGGAAGAUUACAUGCUGGAGGCCUCUCUUGCAAGGUUCUAGACAAGGAAGCAUUUCAAAAGCAGAUGUUAGAAAAGCUGAUAUGGAUAUCUGCAUUCAUGCUUGUGGGAGCUCGUCAUCCGGGGGCAACUGUUGGUGUUGUGGAGAAGGAAUACCGGUCUGAAGUGUCUAGCCUUAUUGUGGAACUCGCUUCUGCAGCAGCAGCAGAGAAAGGCUUAGUCUUUGAAGAAGCCAUGGAGGAUAGAUUAUGUGCAUACUCCCGAACUGUUUCCCACUUUCCUACAGCAGUUAAAGAGUUUAAAUGGAGGAAUGGUUGGUUCUACUCUUUGUCGGAGAAGGCAAUUGCAGAAGGAAAACCUGAUCCAUGUCCCUUACAUACAGCAUGGCUCAAAGAAUUGAAAAUUAUCUAGAAAAUGGAACUGUCAAUUUAUGGAUAUCCUGCUCUUGUAAUGGUUGGUAAUUUUAUAAUACUUGUUAUAAACGAGGUGUACUAAUUUCUACAUGUGAAGUUUUUGGUGUAUCAA